AUGCCGGGCACGUGCAUUUGAUAGCGAUAGCGAUAGUUACCAACAACCGUGAUUUCGAUUUAUAAGUCUACUGAUCUAUGGCCAUAGAUAAUAAAAAAAUAAUAUUAUAUUAUUUUAUUACCUGUCUAUAUCUACGGGCGCUAUGCUACUAUGGAAUAUUGUCUAUCGUCUCAUAUCGUUGAACACAUUACUUAUUAUUCAAUAUUCAUUUAUAUAGGUACCUACGAAAGUGUCGUAUACUCCCGUGUCCAACAUCCACGCGAGUUCCCGGGACGCAUGUUCAAAGCAGUUAUAUUUCGAUAUAAGGCGUGACGAUAUUUUAUUACACCGCCAACACAUUUCAUCACAAUGUCGUCGUCACUGGACAAGGAUAAUAAUAUCGCUGAACCAAGUACUUCGUAUGUUUCGAGUCUUGAAGAACCGUUCGUAGAGUUCGAGUCUUCGGAAUUAAAUCCGAAUCCGUCGCCAAAAUUCGACGACGCGUACUUGUUUGUCGUGUUAUGUCCACCCGACGGCGGUCCCUGGGCCAUAUUCACGUGCACACUAGGAUUUCUGGCCCUUUUGAUCUGCGACGGCAUUUGCUUAUCUCUUAUUCUGCUCGACGGUCGUGUCGGAAUGGUCGAAAACUUGCCGCCCGGAACACGCACCUUCGAACACUUGGCCGUAAUCUAUUUGUUCCGCUACUUGACCGAACCGUUUUCAUGUGCAUACAUCAACCUAUAUGGUUUUAGAUAUUGUUUACUUAUUGGCAGUAUAUUAUCCGUCGCAUGGCUCACAUUAUUAUGUAUUAUUGAAAAUACAUUUACUCACGAACAUUACGUUUUGGCCAUCAUUGGUGGUAUUGGAAUGGGGAUGAUUAAAACAUCAUUCUUCGUUUUGCUGUCCACGCUGUUCGUUGUAAAACGCCAUACGGCGCAUUUAUCUCUUCAUUUAGGAAGCUUUACUGGCAUGCUGAUAAUUCCAUCUAUUACUGAAUUCAAGUUAUUAGUAACAGCAGACUUGAAAUCAGCAUUGUACGUGAAUUUAGGUAUAAUGUGUCUUACACUGGUAUUCUGGUUGUUUGUGUCAACACCGGUGACGUUAAAAUUGGACAUAGACGAUGGCGAAUCUAUUAUCGAUACUACCUCUCCUCCACGAUCAAGAGCCGAGACAAUGGCUUGGAACAUAGAGAACUUCCACAACGUGUACACAACUUUAACUGUACAGGACACGAUCGGAGAUCGAAAAUUGUUUACGAGCUUGUUUCUAGCGAGCAUGCCGAUAGUCGUGAAUGCGAAACCACUGAAGUAUGCCGUCCGAAAUUUAAACUAUUCGAAUUGGAUCUAUGAAGAAUAUCGAAACCGGAGGUUAUGCGUCCGAAAUAUCACUAACAUGUUCCAAAACCGUGUAAUAGGUAGUCGGCCGAUGUAUAGAGAUGACGUACUCUACGACGGAAACAUCUCCUUAUUGUUGAUGGCCAAUAUUAAGAGUAAAAAUAAAAAUAUCGAAUACAAUGAAUAUCUGAUGACGAUGACUCGUAUUUAUACCGUGGCUGACGUGGUUGAAGAAAGGAGCAAAUGGUUCAGUUUUAAAUUCCCAAUAGCCAUAAAUCGAGUUUUGAAAUGUAUGUUUAACAUGUCAAUCUGGUUCAACGAACAAUUUCUCUUAAUGGUAGUCAGUGAGGCAUUGAUUCACGCUGCCUGUUUGGUACCAUUCAUGUUCAUUAAAGGUCUUUCGGGUCAGAAGACGUCUGCAGAAGCAGUGAUUACCCUUAUGGCGGGCUGCUUUGGUUUGUUGUAUGGUCGGGGACUCGGUCAUGUGAUGCACGGAAGGUCACCAGAUCCAGUACCUCUGUAUCAUGUUGGCCUAGUGUUGAUAGCUAAUGGACUAUCGUUGCUCCUAUGCGCCACGACCACCAAUGAUAUUUCCAAUCUAUUGCCGUACUUUGGAUUUUUUGGAGUUACUUUCGGAUAUUACAAGUCGAUUCAAAACGUAGUGCUGUACACUGCUUUUCCGGUUAAGAAAUUUAACAAUGUAUGCGGACAAAUUUCAUUGGUCCGAGGUGUAUCGUCGUUUGCCGGGAUUCUGAUAGCGGUAAAUAUCAUGCGGCCGGAGAACGACGGUCGGCCGGCCACGAGCUGCCAGGGAGUAUACGUUUACGCAGGAAUACUCAUGAUGAUCGGAAGCGUUUGCGUGACCGUGUUGCAGCAAUCGGCCAACGCCCUCAAUCUGCGAUCGCCGUACUACAAAGUAUCAGCUGUACGUCGAUGAAACUUGUAGUCGGCGUAAUACUCACGCGUGCCGUUAUACAUUAAACCGAUUUAAAAAUAUAUAUUAUAUACAUUGAAUCUAACCUAACGUUUAAAUACCGACUUAUUGCAUUAUGAUUAUAUUGUCUUACCAUCCCGAAUGUUGUCAUAAAUAAAUACAUAUUUAAAUAUUUUGUAAAUAAUAAAAGUAUAGAUUAUAUUUUCAUUAUUAUCAUAACGUCGACCUAAGGGGAUGGUCACGCUUAUUCUUUGUAGUUUUUUAUAGCUAAUUAUUUUGUAACUGUACUGUUUCCGAUUAGAUAGGACGUGUAUACCCGCGUGAGUGACUCCGUUUAACCAACAUAUUUAUUAUACCAUAACAAAUUUUAGGUUCAAAAUAAUCAAUUUUACUCGGUUGAUUUUAAUAUUAGAAUAAUAUUUGAUACAAUUUAUUGGUACGAAUAUUAUUUAUGGAUUCAUGUUGGAGACUUGUAUGAUUAAAUUUAAAUUAAAAAUUGUAUAAAAAAUUACAUUUUAAGGGCAUUUCAUUCCGCGCGCUAUUUAAAAUGGACAUUUUUUUUUAAGAACGAGUAUAUGUAAAUGUGUGCGUAAAUGAUAAUUGGUAUGCUUAACUGUAAUGUAAAAUAAAUAACGGACCUCUCUCGCCCGAGUGUGGAGUACAUAAUUACCUUGCAAAUUACCUUGCAAUUAUUUGACAUUAUUCAAGUUUUUAAUUUGAAGCAACUAUAUAUUUAUAUAUAAACUCUUCUCUAAUCCAACUUCAUCCAAUGUAAAGGUUUAUCCGCAUUCAAUGAAUUACCUGUAGAAAUUAGAUUAAUUCGCAAUAAGAGACUUUAAAAAAAAAAUUAAAAAUAUCCUAUACCAGAAAAACAUUAAUGCACAACACCACA